AUGGAUUUCUUGCUGGGGCUACAAAAAGCAUUGGCUCAAGGAAUCACAAAGGAAGAUUAUACUGACAUCUGGAAGAAGGAAACUGAACUGAAGAUUUGCAAUAGUAAAAUACAGAAGAUUUCUUCACAAGGUUCAACAUCUGAUGAUAUGAAGAGUGAUAUGGAUUGUGCUGAGAAGAAUCCUCUUAUACCACUUCUAAAACAAAUAGCAGAAAAACAAGACAAGAUUCAGCACCAACAGAUCAGUAUCCAACAGCAGCUAAGACAUCUACAGAUCUGUCAUGAAAGAGACCAACAGAAGCUGCAGCAGCAGUUUGAGGAGGCACAGAAAGGUCUGUCUGAAAAGGUUCUUGUCAUGGAAGCAUCACUUGCCAAUCUGCAACCAGCUGUAGAAGCAUGUGUGAGACAGACUGCCCAUUCAGAAAGCCUAGGCAUUCAAGAGAAAUGUUCUGUCAUAUCACAAACAUUUUGUAACCACAUACUAGAAGAAAUGAGGAAGAUAACUGGUGGCAGUAAAACAGUUAACAAAGCUGAAAAAAGCCAGAUAAAAGCUGAGAAAGAAUCUCAGAUGUUGAAGAAAAAGACAGCUAAAGAUGUAACAGCAAGAGCACAUAGAGAAGAUGAUACUGAUGUCUCAACUGAUUUGAGUUUUUGCUCUGAUGAUAAAAGUGACAUUGAUGAAAAGAUGGAAACGCUUCUAAUGGAGAUACAACCAGAUGCAGACACUGAUAGAAGUGUUUCUUCUGCAUUAGAUGAAGAAAGCUCAAAUUCACUGAAAGGUUCACUACGUUAUGAGCUAAAUACAUUUCUUGUAAAUGUUCAAAAAAACUCUUGCUGA